AUGUUCACUGACACAACCCCCUUAAUUAGUGGAGCAACUUCCUUUUUCAUAACCAAAAGUGACGAUCCAGACUCCUCAUCAUGGUUUGAUCGAUUAUUUGAAGAUGAAGACAAAGGGAUGUUUUCUUGUUUACAGUUGACUUGGACGCAACGGAUGUUGUGUUGUGUCAUUUUCUGUGGACUCGGCUUUUUAAGUCUAUUUAUAUCCCUCUCCUUCUUCAUUUUCCCAACUAAAUUUGCGUUGAUAUUCACCUUCGGAAAUGUUCUUCUCUUCGUCGGAACUUCUUUCCUUCGAAGUGUCAAAGCACAGAUUGUGUCUAUUUUUAAUGACCCAGCAAAGUUAGUCGCGGUCAUCAUCUAUUUUGUCUCAAUUGGUCUGACCCUCUUUUCUUCCUUAUAUCUUAACUCUACAAUAUUAACACUCCUCUCUGUUAUUAUAGAAAUAUGCUCUUGUGUCUGGUAUGUAGCAUCAUAUAUCCCUUAUGCCCAAACAUGCCUUUCUUCUGCUUUUAAGUCGUGCUUUAAAAAGUCAACUGACUGA